GGGCGUCAACAUCUGCGCGCGUUGCUUGUGCCAACGGGCCGGAAGGACCUAGAAUCUGCCUACUGGUACCGGUUUCAUUCAGAUUAUUGAGAGGAUAAGGAAUCUUCUUCUUCACCUAAAUGUCGAUGACCCUGCACACGGAUUACAGAAGACGCUUCUCUGUGCGCACUUGCACAUGAAGGACCGCACGAGUGGUUGUCUCUGUUAGCACCUCCUGCAUGCGUGACAAUGGUUUCUGUGUCGGCCUCUUCUGCGGAUGUGUGCACUGCGGUGUUCCUGUCUAAUAAGUUUCCUACUCUGGGGAACGCCUGCCAUCUUGAUGUUCUCGCAGCACGAGCAAGAGCUGGCCACCGCCAUCGACAGACGUUGGACGCAUCCUGUCCACUGAUUGCGGCGAGAUCGGACAGAGGGUGCCUUGCUUGCAGCGUCAGGGGCGGCAAAGAAGGAGAAGGUUUCUGGUCUCCAUUUUCUCUUGGGAAUGGCAGCCAUAGCGGCUGCGCCUCACAGACACAGAGACAUCCAAUCAACUGUUGCCAUGGUGGCCACUGCUCAUUGCAGCUGCAGGUUCUUCAUACUACAGGUAGGCGAGAGAAGGGUCCGCGAAAGGGUGUGCGAGAGGGUGCGAGACAGGGUGCUACUAUGUGCAUAGGCAGCGGCCAUGAUGCCCCACCUCUGCGCUCGAGACGGUACGAUACCUGCUGCAUCCUGGCGUGGCAUGUAUCUUCUCUGCCGCCGCUGCCACCGCUAGUUCCUCCUCGACAGUCACCGGGCUGCGGCUGCUUGUCAUCCCGGCCCUCGUCCCGCAAUGAUGACACGGAGAACCCUUUGCUGCGGUGUGGGAGAAACAAGGGGAGGAGGUGCAGUAUCUGUUGUGCGUCGUCGUCAGUCGGUGUCUCGAUCCCGAUGGAGACUGGGGAAGACGCAGGCAGCUCACAGGGCGGGGUGAGCAGGACUCGGGUGCAAGAACUUGGGCAACGCCUGGGCUUGGGCUGGAAAUUCACAAGGUGGCAUCAUGUCCCGUCGGUGCUGCUGCGGACGCUUUCACGGAAAAGUGGAGUAAGUGAAAAGAGAGCGGCUUGGGGGAAGAAAUUCAACAAAGGGGGCAGUGAUUUGAGUGCCGAUCGGCCAUUGCCAUUGCCGAUGACGUUCCCAGAUUCGGAGCCAAUAAGUCCCGAGGAAGUUGAUAAGCUUCUUCAGUGCGAUCCUGAAGUAGAGGCAAGCGUGACAUAACUUCCCGGCCACACUGCCCGUCCUCCCUGUAUGGUUCAAUUCCUUUGUCUGACUGCAAGGAUAUUGUCUAUCAGUGGACCGGGAAAUGCCAUCGGUGUCAGGGAACCGGACUCGUCAGCUUUUACAGAGGAAAGAGAGAAGUCAUCAGCGAUUGCAUCACUUGCUUAGGCAUAGGCUAUGUACAGAAGAUAACGUUGAGAGACGACAUCCCGAUAAUGGAAGAUCCGGAUGCCUGACAGCUAGAAUGCCGAAAGCACGAUCGAUUACAUGUUGCAGUUAGUUGGUGAAGUCCGACACUGCUGGCUUGGUCGUCCUCGCUCUGCAGGUGAGCAACUCGGUUCGCAAUUGGCUGCUUUUGCACACUCUCCGGCGACGAUGAAAUGCCAAUAUCCUCGUAAACCCACAACUCUCCUAGACCGCCCACGGCUGAGCGGGGCAUUUGCAGGAAGCCUCGGCGCAAAUAGUCAAUAUGUCGUAUCGAAAAUCAAAAGGGUACAUCUCCUCCGUCGAUACAUCUUGUCCGUCAAUACAUCUCCUCCGUCGAUACAUCUUGUCCGUCGAUACAUCUCCUCUGUCGAUAUAUCUUGUCCGUGAAAGGUCGUGAACGGAGGAUCGGCGAGGUUGGGAGAUUCUAGGCAUGUGCAACUGGCCGCAGGGGUGGGCGAAUCCUUGUGGAAGGAAAAUGGAAGGGAGAGUUGAGGAUGCAUCCUCUCCGUGCCCUUCACCCAUGCCCAGCUCUGAUGUGCCCUUCCAUUUUGGCUCCAGCAGAGGGGAACCUGCCUGAAUCAGAGGUUGUUAUAUGCCAGGAUGACAGGUGGUGCUCGUUUCACACCGCUGACAACGCAAUGAUCUCGAUGUAGAUGGCACUUCAUAACAGGUUUUUAUUCCUUGGGUCAUGUUCCUUCAACACCUUUUGAGUCGUACUCUCUUAGCAGCCUUGCACGGUUGGUGCGUUAUACCUUCUUGACUCUUGAGUGUUUAUUCUGGGCUGCACUGGAGAAUGUAUGUGCAGGUGUGUACCUCGAGCAGUGCAAGAUGUUUAUUCUAGCCUCCAAGAGGCAAAAUGCAAUAACGAGCUUCGUCCUCGAAACUCGGAUGUCAUAGAAGUGCGAUAGGUGUUAGCGAGUUGGAGCAGUAGUUUGGCAGUGCUUCGUCCGCAUGCUCUUUCGCAGUUGAAUUGGUGAAUGUUUAUCUUUGUGUGGGGACCACUGUGGGUUACUGAUCUGUCUGUCAGUCCUUUGGGUGGAGUGGGCCUGAUGUUGAUUUUUUUCAGUAAGAAAUCAUCAGCGCAUCUAAAUAUAGCUCUCAUCAGCAAGCUCAGGCUCAAACUUAGGCCGUCCGUCCUGGCGCCGUUUGUCGUCCCAUUUCAGAGGUGGCGAUGAAUCAGGUGGUGCUACUGCUGACAUGGUUGACGGGUAGGUGACUGGACUCUGUGAGAGCCCAGCAGCAACACGGAGUAAUACAGGGUGCGGGAGAUGUAGGCUGUAAUAUGCGACCCUCUUGCCCACCACAAGG